CAGCCCCGCCAUGGUGGAUGAAUAAACAUUAGGGUAACGGCUAGCUUUUUUUUGUUUUAUACGGGCUAGCUUCAAACCUCUACUAUCUUAAUUUUUACGGAAACAAUCUAAUUUUUCCAGCCAACAAAUCAAAAUGAAUAUUAUCAAGUCGACGAAGCGGACCGACUGCAACGUUUCAGGAGUCAUGAGCUGCUUUAUUCUUCCUCAAAAUGGAGUCGUGGAGGGACCGAUGCACUACGGCUCAGGAGGUCCCUCCGCGCAGAUUGGCGUGGGCUCAACAUUGGACUCUCACAACGGGAAUGUUGGUUCCGGCGAUACCCCUAAGCGGCCGAAGAACCUGGAAGUCAACUCAACAAAUGGGUAUGCAACAAAAAGCUGUCGGGAGGACAGCGACCUGGACGACAGCUCUUUGCCGUGUACCCCGGAUUUGCAUUCGGACAUUGAAAUCACCGUUUCCAGUUGCCCAGAAGAGUAUGAGGUGUUGGAGAAUGAUACUAGGCAACUCAUUAACAGUUUCCUGAUGGACUUUACAGGACGUCCGAAAUCACGGUUGACGGAAACCAAAGCACAGUUAACGAUGAAAAGAGUUGUGCAAGGCGUUUUGGAAAAACACAAAUAUACAUUCAAUGGUAUGAUCCAGAAACUGUCAUUGGAUAAGAGAGAGGAUGAUGUGAGGUUUAUCGGCGCAGUAGCCAGGAGUCUCUUCGCAGACGGCACCGCAAACUGGGGUCGAAUCGUCAGCCUGGUGGCCUUCGGGGGAGUUGUGUGUCAGUACCUGAGGGAGAAGAAGAGGGAGAACUGUGUGGAGCAAGUGGGGCAGGAGAUCUCCUCAUACCUGCUGUCUGACCAGCGGGACUGGCUGGUGAAAAACAACUCCUGGGACGGAUUUGUAGAGUUCUUCAGAGUAUCGGACCCAGAGUCGACGGUGAGGAACACACUCAUGGCCUUUGCUGGUUUCGCUGGUAUCGGGGCAACACUUGCCCUGUUGAUCAGGCCACAUCAAGCCUCAGGCAGGGGAAUCCUUGGUGAUGCUUUGUGGCUGGGCCCUUGUUUGUUCGGAUCCUCCCGUUGUCUUGGGUUACAGGACAAACAAAAUACUCAUCUAGGUCUAACGAGGAAAUGGAGCACAGCCUCUCCAUGGUGAUGAUCCACAGCAGACUUCCCCCAGUCCUCUCCUGCAGCUAAUGAUGUUAGCUGCCACCCUGCUCACCCCUGCACAGUUCAGUGUAAAUAACAGUAAGCUACACAAUGGGGAAUUGAGGCUGAGGCAAUUUCAUAGAGCAGUUUUCAACAUACACAAGCGGAUUGGGGGUGCAGAAAACAGACAGCAGCGCAGUGUGCUGGGGCUGAACAUGCAGUGCACCCAGUCUGUGAACGACCUUUAUGUUGUUAACCAGUGUAUUAGUGCAAUACGUUAAGUGUGUGUGCAUAAAUUUUCACUUCUGCCUAGAGUAUCCAUGCUGAAAAAUGUUUUACUUAAUAUAAGUUCCUUCUGUAUGGAGGAGUGCCUUUGUCUGUCUAUUGGUGACCUGUAUGUCGAGAUAUGCAAAUAGCAGUGAGAGGAGGUGAUAACCGAAACUUACCUACGCACACGGAACCCUUCGCUGUGGCAAAGUAAAACUAGUGAAAUUCGGGUAUCUAGAAAUGAGAACCCGAGCCCUGACAGGGCUGCACAUUACCGGAAGGGAAACCAUCUCUGGGCUACAUCUUGACAUGCUUUUAAAUAAAUUAA